AUGGCGAAGACACUGACUAAACCACUAGCUGAGGCUUGCGGAGAAUUGUUGGCACCCAAACAAACGGAAACAUUCCCUAGGUAUCAAAAGCCAUUCGUAGACUUCCUCAGGCUCAAGUGCAAAGCGGGACAUGGAGGAUCACCUCUACCAAACGUAAAUAGGUCUAGAAGGCUUUGUGGACCAGGGUAUGGAGGUCACGGCGGUGGCGUAGUCCUGAGGCCCACACACCUUGUAGAAAGUCUACUGCAUAUCGAGGACACGGUCAAGGCGAAAAAUGGAGGUGAUGCCAGCGGAACUAGCAGGGGGAAACAUGCCAGUAACUGUGCGAUACAUGUCCCUCUUGGGCUCAUAGUCAGAAAACGCAUAAAGACGGACACGGGGUAUAGAAGUGUAUUCUGGCACCAAUUUAUUGAUCAAAAACGAGAUUUGGUCGUAGCAAAGGGGGGUAGGGGUGGAGUGGGACCAUCGAGCUUCAAGAAACAUGAUCACAGGUUGCCAGAAGUUGGGGAAACCACGUCACUAGAACUGGAACUGAGGUUACUCAACGAUGUCGCAUUCAUUGGCGAACCUAACGUAGGGAAAACUAGUAUUAUAAGCGCUUUAACGUCGUAUAUGACAAGAAUUGGCCCAGAGGAGGGGUCCACAACCAGGCCACACGUAGCGGUCAUGAGGUUUGUAGACGGACUAGAUUUAAGGCUUAUGGACCUACCGCCAGUAGCCGCAGAAAACGGAAUACCCAUACCCCGGAUAUUGAGACAUAUAUAUCGCACAAAGGUAAUCGCUUAUGUCAUAGACGCAGCGUCCGAGGAAGACCCUGUAGACACACUAUACAGGCUCAGGGCCAUUGUCAAAGCAUCGAAAAUGUAUAAUAGCGACAAGUCGGAACUCGUGAUCGUCAACAAAUGUGAAAUGUUUCACAAAGAAGCGCUCUACAAUCUCGACAGGGUACACUACAAGCUCAUACAUGAGGCUGACGAUGUGAAGGUAGUGGGUACCUCAGCAACUCACAAACUAGGGUUACAAAGAUUGGCCAAUAUUCUCAGACAAUUGGUGCAUCCUUCCCAGCCACACUACACUCCGAGGCAAACGGUUGAUAGCUACGAAACGUCGCUCAUUAACUGA